CGGUCGUUGUUUGCUGGCUUCACAUCGCGAACGACCGCGUACACACAGCAUCGCGAAGCUGCUGGUUACGUUUCCUUCCACGUUUUCCGCACGUCUAUUUUAUUUCACGCGAUAAAACGAAAGUAACAUCCCUCUGGCGUCUGAUCGAACCAGUGAAUCGUUGUUGCGUAGUAAAAAUUUCAUCAGUUCGAUGAAGUAGCAGUGAACUGUUUCCUAUGAACCUGUCGUUCAACGGGUGAGAGAGUGGGGUGGUGGUUGCGGUAAAACGUUUCGCCGUGUCUACGGACCUUAUCUUUUUCUACUUCUUCUUUUUCUCUGUCUCGUUUUUUGUUCGUGGGCAUAUCUCGAACCGGUGCAGAAGAGGCACGGGGAUCAGAAGAGGAGGAGGAUAAAAUCGAGGGUGCUCGUGAUUCCUCCGGUUGGUCUGCGUGAACGGUGACGAGGAACGUGCGGAAGUAUGCGCGUGCUAUCGAUCACGGGGGCUGAUCGCGCGGAUAUGUGAUACCGGAAGUAGGUACGGCAGGCUUGACCUGCGUAGGUCAGGUGCUCGAAGGGUGCGUAUGCGUAUAUUGGGCUGAGCAACGACAGGAACGAAGGGUGCGCGAGAGGAGCCGCGUGUCAGGGCCAGUCGUGAAGAUGCACGCCACCGACGCCGUCGCCGCGACGGCGUCCUUGCCGUCAUCCACGUCGUCCAUCGGCUUCAGGAAAUCGAACUUGGCUGCCAGGCUAGUCUGCACCGUCCUCGUGUCCUGUUGGAUCGUACAGGAUCAGCUGGCCCUCGGGAUGUCCGAACCACCGGAGGUCACCACGAUCGAGGACUUAACUGGCAGAGGGACGAAGAAAUUUGGCGACCAUUGCAUGGAGGAUCUUGAAUGCGGUUUCGGCGGAUCUUACUGCGAGCCAAAAAAGAGCAAAUGCGCGUGCAGGGAAGAAUUCGAGGCAACGAAUCAUAUCGACAAAUGUGGACACCCGGCGAACGUAAACGAGUCGUGUUUCUUUCACGCUCAAUGCGAGGCGAAGGUGAGCCAAACGGAAUGCAGGGACGGCCGUUGCAUCUGCAUCUUCGAGAAGAUCCCGGUUACGCAGCCCGACGGCGCGAUAGUAUGCGUUGCCGAGCAGAUAGAAGAACCGAAUCUUCAAUACAUCGACCCGACGAUGAUCGGUGUUCUUGUUGGUAUGGCCCUCAUGUUCAUCAUCAUCUGCGUCGUCCUUAGGCUUUUCAGCAAGGCUCGUUGGCGCGAAAAUCGCACCAUUUUCAAUACCCCGAAUGCCCGUUUGAUGAACGUAUCAUUGCUAAGGGAAAAUAAACUGUUGCAUCCUCAGGAGAGACGUGGUUCAAGGGCGAGCGUACGGGUACCUUCGAGGCAACCCUCGAUGGCCUCCUUACGCGCCCACUCGCCGAACGCCUCGCAAGGUUCACGAACAGGAUCACGACGAGGAAGUCGGGGCAGCAGUGGAAACGCAUCGGCUGCUUCGGUGAAAUCGAACAAAUCCCCGCCGAAUCAAUCGAAUAACAUGACGGAAACGGUACUGGAGAACGUCACCGUGGAAAUUCUCGAGGCGAAGGCGUAGAUUCGAUACGUCAUUGCCUGAUUUUCCUUCAACGACGGUCACGAGGACGAGCAAAACGAAAGCGAUAAAUCGUCCUCGAAGCGAUUUCAACCUCGUCUCAAUAUUCUAUUCUUAGAUCUAUUCCUUUAUUUUAUUUCAUUUCGAUUCAACGAUGAUCAUCAUUUUACCUUUACGUCCUGUGCUUCGAUACAGACUUUCCUGGGUCUAAUUAACACGUACCGCUAUAAUUAAUCGUAGCCAUCCGAUCUACUAUGUCCGAGGACAGAAUGAAAGAAAAACGGUAUUCACGAAUCGUACUUAAGAUAAUCAUUGUUCCGAGUUCGACGUGAUCCAAAUCACGUUAUUAUUCCAUUUCAAUGGAGCAUCAUACGCGUGUAUGUGUCUUGUGAUUUUGAUAAAUUGCUAGGAGAGAAAGCACGAAACAUAUUUCAGAGAAAUAUUCUGAAUAUAUCGAAGAAAAAUAAUCAACCAGCACUCUCAUCGUUUAACAAGAUUCUUUCAAUUAAUUCUCGUAGAUCCUUUAGACUCUGCAGCAUCUAAGAAAAUAAGAAAAAAGAAAAAAAAGAAGAGAAGAAUAUAAUCUUUUUCUACGAUAAAAAAAAAAAGAGAGACAUCUAUCAUAGAAGCACAAUUUCUUCGUUUUUCUUUUUUCAAUAAAAUCUGGAGGCGAAACAUUAGUAACAAUGCGAAGAAAUAUAUUUUCCAAUUAAAUUUUGGAGAACUUUGCAUUGAUUCACGAUGUUUUUUCUGGACCAAAGGAUAGUGUAUUCGCAUAACUCAUUGCUUCGAGCUAACUCUAACUGAUAAACACGUAUUUUAUAAUAACAGUACUAAGAAUUACUAUUCAAAGUCCAAACGAUCGCUUCGACGAACGACGAUCGAUCUAUCAUCGAUCGCGAGCUAACAAUCAACCAAAUGUUCCACGAAGAUAAUCUUUCAUUCGUCGCGUUCUGUCUUUUAUCUCGAACGAUUUAAUUUCCAAUCGACAAAUUCGCUGGAUAUCAUUUCGACAAUUUAAUCAUUUCAUUCGACGACUUCGGAGACUCGACGAUGUUUGUUGGAGUUAAAAGACGGAACACCGAUGCUCUAGGGGAAUAAUAGAUAUUUUCAAGUGGUCAGCUGGUCUGAUACAAAUCCAUACGAAGAAAGGUCUGCUCGAUAAGUGUGCACAAUAUUUCGGGGUUCAGACGAUUAACAGGCUAAUUGAUACUCACCGAGCCCGAUUUAAAGUACGUACGAACAAAAGAACCGAUCGUUCUUGCCAGGGAAACUGGUUAACGAGAAGCCAAAAAAAAUAAUAAAAAAAAAAAAAAAAAUACACGAAAGGGACCAGACGAAAGUGUUUGAACGGACAUCCCGAGGGUAACGCUGUACACGUAGCGAAUCAAUUUACGUUUAGCGCGAUAAUUAAGCAGCAUCGUAGCUUUUAUCCAUUUUACGAGCAACACGCUCGACUAACAAUUAAUGAUCGCGCAUGACGGCUUAGGCAACGAGAUAGUUACACGCUCGACGAAUCGUUUCACAUCGAUUAUCGUUUCAAUGUUCAUCCGAACGCGCGUUAACCCUUUCGCUGCGAACUACGAAAAUUCAUUACAUUAACGUCGAAAUGAAUUAUUGACUUACUUCGAUCAGUGUAAUAUCUUCCUUAUUUUGCAAUGUCCUAUGGAAAGUUUCAGAGCUUCAAAAUAAUUUUAUUUUAUUUUUCAACACUGAUCAAUUAACGCGUUAAUAAUUUGAAGCAUGAAAAUUAGAAUACAAAUUUUUCUUCGAAGCUUCAAUAAUUGUCACAGAAAAUACGUCGCAGCAAAAGGGUCGAAGACCCUGAUCACUCGAAGAACGCGACGACGCUACGUCACUGUCCAACGAAAUGGAUUUUUCGUUUUCGAAAAUCGAGUCCAAGGCAAAGGGAACAGUUCGCAAGGUAUUUAAAGUUCGUUCGAUCGAUCGAAUUCUAAUGGACAAACGAGAGAAAACGAAAUGACACAGUCGCCUCGGGGUAUUUUCAUCGUAUCGAUAAAAAUGAAUGAACGCGUUGAACAAGUUUCUACUCAAAUACCUUAUUAAAACCGCACAAGAUUUUUCUUUAUCGAAAGUUAAUGUCGAUAAGGACACACUUUAUCUGUAUCUAUCCUACACAUCAAAAUCAUCUUUUCUUAAAUCGUCAUCAAAUAGUCCGGUACGAUUGUAUCUCAGCAAUUUAGUGCCUGCGCUCUCGCGUUUAAAUAGCGUUUACAUAAAGAGAUGAGAUUAAUUAAUUAUAUAUAUAUAUAUAUAGAUACGUAUACACGUUAUAUCAGUACAAGAAGAAAAUAAAUAAUAUAUAUAUAUAUGAUAAUAGGCUUGGCACUAUUUGCACUGUUUGUAGAUGAAUUUUUUGGAACGCCUAGCGACCGUAUCCACUCUGUGAUCUAUGUGCAACGUACAGCUAAUAGAUUCUUCUUGCUACCGUCGUUGUUAUUAUUAAUACACUUUAAUACAUAACGAGGAUAAUCGAUAGAUAUUAAUAUCGUGUUAAGCGAAUCGCUUAAUUAUUAUCGGUGCCGCACCUAGUGUACUCUAUAUCUCUUUGCACCCAUUGUUGACCCAUUUGUAUAUCAACCUCUCAGCUGUAACAAAUAACUUAGAAAGAGUAUCUUUUUAAUAAUUAUCGCAAACAUUCAAGAUAUAGCGUGAGAAAAAAAUCGAGUGACUUUGAAAAUAGGGAGAUAUUAAAAUAACAAAAAAAAAAAUAAAAUAAAAUAGAAAAUGGAGGAAGGGAGGUGCGUGAACGAGAAAAUGUUUUUAUUCAAUAAGGGUUUCAAGGGACGACGAAGAGGGAUCGGUCUGAUCCGCGAACGAAAUUCGGGGAAGGUUUCCGUUUCCGGAUAGAACUUUCCCUCCGUGCCCGAUAAAAUAAAGUAAGACUCGAUAUAGCGUUUCAAAGUUAAUCGAAACGAUUCAUCGAUUAUAAUAUCAGCUGUGGAAAGUAAAUCGUUCGCUUAAGAUUUUCUAGAAUAAUUUGUAGAACCGUGUAUUAUUAAGAGGCUUAAUAUCGAGUCGUUAGUUUCCCUCCACCCUUAAAGAUACGAUGCACAAAACAGAGUAAUUUCAAUGAAAGAAACAAGCAGGGUGCCUCGUCUUUAUCAGUCAAAGACACUCGCUCACUUUUGUAACACCUCUAUUCUAAACACCUAAACGUAGAUAAUUGAUACAAAGAUCGAUUAAGACGAUACUUUCUUUCAUCUUAACAAUGUUUCCGUUUCAUCAGCGAACAUGUAUACACGAAAAUGUUUGACAUUCGAAACAGAAACACGAACAAAGAAAACGAGAACUAUCAUAAAGUAAUCGUAACGAGUUUCUUGUGAUCGCGUAAUAAGAAAAUCUUCAUUGUAUAACCUUGUUAAAACGAAGAACGACAGGGUAAUCCAAAUAUGGGGAAGUGUUUGGAUUACAUUUCGUUCUUGCGAGGGGUUUGCUUCGAUUUUCCAUUUACUUACCUGAACUCUCUCACACCGAACGUGUAAAGGCAUGUUGGAAAAGUAACCAACAUGGUUACCGCGACCAUUUUUUAAUACGUCAAUGGGAUUUUUGACGGACGAUGUCGCUUUUUUCCUUUCGCGUUCGUCGCGACGAAACCGGAAGACGCAAAACACGAACCGGAUACCGAUAACUCUCGCCAACAACGAUGGAACAUGCCGAAAUCAAAAUUAGACAAUAUACCUUUGUCGAUGCAGUCCCGAACGGUGGAUCAAGAUAAAACGAUCUUUGAUCGCCGUGGGACGAACAAUCUUCGCCGCGUCAGUGCUUUAUCGAAUUGUACGGAUCAUCAUUCUUAUAGAAAGGAUCUUUUAAAUACCGAGUUUCGCGAUUUUGUAAGUUUCUUCCUAAACACGGUUUCGCCUACGUAAUCCUUCUCGAAUUCAGCACAAAUAUCGUCCGAUUAGUAUCCUUAGGAUCGAGUCUCUUCUAGAUACGUAACAUUGUUAAGGUAUUAUUAUUGUAAUCACGGACACAGCUUGCUUCUAAGGGACUAUAAUAUAGCGUGAUCGAGCACGAUUAAGCUUUCUAGUAGGAUAUUAAUAACGUUAAGGGAGAAACGUAGAGGUUUCGUCUGAUCGCAUUUUUUGUGCUUAAUUUCAAUGAUCCGUCUAGGAAUGUUCGAUUACCGAUUUGUAGACGGUUCAAGCGAAACAUUGUGAUUCGAUUUAGCAUUAAAAUAUAUACCGUAAAGAUUAUCGUACACUCGUCUCGAGAUAUUCGUAUUUCUAUAUGUACAUGUACACAGAAAUAUGAUGUAUUCGUUAAAUGUAGUUCGCUUCGAUUCAAAGGAUCGCGUAAGGUUUAAGAUUAAGCUCUCUACGAUUACAUGCUACGUUGUAAAACUUUAAGUAUCUAACGCAGGAUAUCUAGUGAACAAUUGGAAAUUUAACAGAGACGUACUCUAUCGGAGGAUAUUUAAACACAGAUCUAGACGAACUCGCGAGAGAAACUUUUGAAUUAGCGAAUAGAAAGUUUCUUAGCUACAGAGUGGAUGGAUGCGGACAAAAUGUAUGCGAGUCUCUCAUUUUUCAAUUUUCAAUAUUUUAUAAUGUCCGGUAUGUAACGAAAGUGAAUAUCGUUGAACUUUUGGCAAUAUACUACCCAACACUAUUUUACUAGCGGCUUAGCCUACCUUGUAAUCUUUAUAUUAUACAUUUCAUAUUAUAGCUUGUAACGGAUAAAUUAAUGAUCUAUAACAAUUGUAUUUGAAACUUAAUUAUAUUCUGACUCUUU